AUGGAUGUUACUUGUGAAACAAUGUCACAAAUCGCGACUUAUAAACCGCUCUCCAUAGUUUUGCUACUUCUAUUGAUUAUUUCAUUUUUUGGAAUUCCAAUGCUAAUUUUUCUAAUUAAGAAAAUAAUAUCCAACUCUUUAUAUCAUAUAAAUACUCGAAUUAUAUUAAUAACUCAUUGUAUUUUUGUGAUUGCUCAUCUUAUAAAUCGUAUACUUUUACAUGCAUCCGAUUUAUAUCGAUUUCUGAUUAUUUAUCCAAAUAAAAAUUCUGGAUGUGAUAUUUUAUUAAAUAGCACUAAUUGCUUAUUUUAUCGUUUAAUUUUUAAUUAUGGAAUUUGGUUUAGUGGAACUACAGCACCUUGUAUAAUUAUUGAAAGAUUUAUAGCGACUAGAUAUCCAACUAGUUAUCAUAAAGAUAGAAAAAUUGGAGUUAUUCUGACAAUUGUUCAAUUUUUUGGAACAGUGGGAAUUUUGUCUAUGACCUAUUUUGGAUACGUUUUUGAUGCGGGCCGAUAUUAUUGUAUGACAGCGAGGCCACGUGAGUUUUUAUUUCAUUUGGUAAUUGAAAAUUCCGUAAAAAAUUAGAAAGUUUUCGAAUUAUAAAAAGUUGCAAAAAACAAACAUUUUUUAGAUCGAGAUAUGAUAAAUUCUGUACCUUUAAUCACUGUAAAUGUUCUACAAAUUUCCUCGUUCCUCGGAUUAUUUUUACUCAAAAAAUAUAAUUUGAGCCUGAAAUCAAGCUCAUCUGGAGGCGAAUUAACUAAACGAUAUCAAAUUGAGGAAACUUUGAGAUCGCUUCGAACUCUAAAACUUCCAAUUAAAACUAUGUUUAUAAGUCAAAUGAUAUUUACAACAAUUACAUUUUACUAUCAAAGAUAUGCAUCGGAAAUCAAUCAAGAAUUUUUUUUUGCCUUUUCUGAAGCGAUUGUUCUUCUUCCGGAAUACAGUAUUAUUUUUGUUUUUACUUUUGUUAAAAUUGAAAAUCGUAUUAAUAUUGAUGGAAUUACAAGUUUGAAACAAGGAAUGGAUAUUGAUCCGGAUACAUAUUUUAAACAAUAUAAAAAUCAUUGGUGA